ACACGCAUGCAUGCAUAACGCGGCGACAACGCCUCGCACAAGUACCUAGCGACGAAGAAGAGCUCACGCAGCGCUCACAGACACCAUUUCUGGGCCGUGGACGCGUGCACGUCGCUUGCGGCGCCAAAACCGCUGCGCCUCAGGACCAGAUCUAGCCAUCCAGCGCGUACGCCGCGAUGCGUCGACCACUGCUCCCGCUCCUGCUGGCCGCCGCGGCCGGCUGGCAGCCCCCGAGACGCGCGCCGACGCCACACGUCACUGAACCCGUCGGCUGGAGACACGCGCGCCGCCACCGCACGCGACUCAACCUCCAGCCCCCGACCGAGGCGCCGCCGACGACGGCGCGCGAGGGCUGGUUCGGCUUUGGAGACGACGACGACGGCGCGUUGCUGAGCAAGGCCGAGAACUGGUUCAAGCCCAAGAACCAUUAUACGGUCGAGAAGGGCGACACGUCGCACUACGCCGUGCUGGGCGUGGACCGGGACGCCACACCACAACAGAUCAAACGGGCUUAUAGGACACAGUCCAAGACCUGCCACCCCGACGUCGACCCGAGUGACGCGGGGCGCGCGCGUUUUGAUGCCGUGACGCUCGCCUACGAGACGUUGAAGGAUGCGAAGAAGCGCGACGCCUACGACGGCGCGCUCCAGGUCGAGCGCAUCGCGGCCGACGCCGAGGCCUGGAUCGAUUCCGUGGCCGUGCCCUUUUUGCGGGACAGCGCCAUGCCCACGUUGUCAGAUUUCACGAAGAAUGUGGAAAAGGCGACGGAGAACGUGACCCUCGCCCAGGCCGCGGCCGCCGCGGCGGGCUUCGUGGUCGCCGGGCCCGUCGGCGCGGCCGCGGGCGUCGCGGCGCAAAAAGUCUACGCGGAGAAUAUUGAUGACGUGCCUGUUGUGCCGAAGCCGGCGCCGACGGCGAACGCGACGAACGCGACGAAGACGCCGCCGCGCCGCCGCGGGCCCGCGUCGACGGCCGCGGCCGGCGCCGUGGGUUUUGUCGUGGCCGGGCCCAUCGGCGCGGCGGCCGGCGUCGCCGCGGAGCGCUACUCGCGCCGGACGUCGACGACGACGACGUCGUCUUUAUAUGAUGCGCCCGGCGCCGCGGCCCCGCCCGUGGCCGCGCCGGCGCCGGCGCCGGUCCCCGUGCCCGCCGAGAGCGGCAAGCUCCCGCGGCGGCGGCGGGUCCGCGCGCCUUCAUCAGAUUCGGACGACCACCUCAUCCGCAUGACGCGGUCGGAGCUGCGGCGUACCUUGUUGCGGCGCGGCGUCCAGGCGACGGGGUCGAAGGCCGAGCUCAUCGAGCGCAUUCGUGCGCUGCCGCCCGAGGAGGAGGGUAAUAAGUCGUAG